CCGCCGCGGGGGUCGCAGCGGCUGCCGCGCCGUCCUCGAGCUCCCAGCGUGAGGAGGCGGCGGGCAGAGAGAAGCAUCACGCUCCAGGCGGAGACCCAGAGGGAACCCCGCGGGCGGCCUCGCUCAUUGCUAUGGACAGUGCUAUCACCCUGUGGCAGUUCCUCCUUCAGCUCCUACAGGAGCCUCAGAACAAGCACAUGAUCAGCUGGACCUCUAAUGAUGGAGAGUUCAAGCUCUUGCAGGCAGAAGAGGUGGCUCGUCUCUGGGGGAUUCGUAAGAACAAGCCUAAUAUGAAUUACGACAAACUCAGCCGAGCCCUCAGAUACUAUUAUGUAAAGAAUAUCAUUAAAAAAGUGAAUGGUCAGAAGUUUGUGUACAAGUUUGUGUCUUACCCAGAGAUUCUGAAAAUGGACCCAUUGACCGUGGGCAGGACUGAGGGAGACUGUGACGCUGUGAGCUGCAGUGAAGUCGGCGGCAGCUGCAGGGACCCUGAGAGUGGGGGCAGAGAGAAGCCCCCGCAGCCCGGGGCCCGGGCCUCCAGCCGCAACGACUACAUACACUCCGGCUUGUAUUCUUCCUUUACUCUCAACUCUUUGAACUCCUCCAGUAAGAAGCUCUUCAAACCUAUAAAGAUUGAGAGUUCAGCUGAGAAGCUGGCAGAGAAGAAGCCGCCUCAGGAGCCAACACCGUCUGUCAUCAAAUUCGUAACAACACCUUCCAAAAAGCUGCCAGUUGAACCUGUUGCCGCCGCCCUGUCAGGAGGCCCAAGCAUUUCACCAUCUCCGGAAGAAGCGCUCCAGGUGUUGGAGACUUUGGCUUCCCCCAGACUGCCUUCCCUGGAAGCCCCAGCCUCUGCAGCCGGUGGCACCCCCGCCUUUGCCACGCCCCCCAUCUCCGCCUCCCCUUCUGUGCAGGAGCCCCCCAGGACCCCUUCACCGCCGCUGAGUCCCAACCCUGACAUUGACACCGACAUCGAGUCCGUGGCCUCGCAGCCCAUGGAACUUCCCGAGAACUUGUCACUGGAACCUAAAGACCAGGAUUCAGCUUUGCUGGGAAAGGACAAAACAAGUAAUUCCUCAAGAUCCAAGAAACCCAAAGGCUUAGAGCUGGCGCCCAUCCUUGUGAUCACGGGCAGUGACCCGAGCCCCCUGGGAAUAUUGAGCCCGUCUCUCCCCACAGCUUCUCUUACACCAGCACUUUUCUCACAGACGCCCAUCUUACUGACGCCGAGCCCCUUGCUCUCCAGCAUCCACUUCUGGAGUACUCUCAGCCCUGUUGCUCCUCUGAGUCCAGCCAGACUGCAAGGUGCUAACACACUCUUCCAGUUUCCUUCUGUACUGAACAGUCAUGGACCGUUCACUGUGUCUGGCCUGGAUGGACCACCCACCCCUGGCCCAUUUUCCCCAGAUCUACAGAAAACAUAACCUAUGCACUUGUGGAAUGAGAGAACCAAGGAAUAAAGAAACAGAGUUGUUCAACAUGAUUACAUUUGAAGUGAGCAGUUAAUAGUUCUACAAUGCUAAUAAUAGACUAUUGUGAUUUUUGCCAUUCCCCAUUGAAAUGCCUUUUUAAGAUUCCCUUUGAAUAUGACUCAAGUUGGACUGUAUAUAAAAAUGCCUUAAUUGGAGUCCAAACUCCACCUCCCUCUUCCUUCCUUCACUCCUUCCUUCCUUCCUUCCUUCCUUUCUAAAUAUUUUGAGCUUUGUGUUAAAGAAAUUUUUGGUGGGGUUUAGCAGCUAGCUAUGCUUUGCAAGAGCAGUUAAGAACAAAGUUACUCCUUCUGCCUUAUUGGGACCCUUUGGCCAGGAAAACAAUGAUGCUUUGAGUGUAUUAUUUGGAGAAAUGUGAACUGCAGUUGGCCGUAUCUUCAGGACUAAGUGUGUUCUGUGGAAUAACUAAAAGUGAGCUGUGUACAAGCAGUGAAGGAAAAGGAAUCCUUCCUGUUCACACAAAGUAAGAUUGGAGCAGUAUUAUCAGAGAGAUUCUAUUUGGCUGUAAAGGGGAACAUAGGUAGGCAACUCCACAGAAAGACAUCUUACUUACCUUUAUCACGUGGGUUUCUUAGCCAUAAGUGUGAUCUU